AUGGCCAAGAACGAUGCUGUGAUUCAGCGUCAAGCGGCAUCCUUAGGGAAUCUAGAAACUCAAUUGGGGAAGCUUGCUAAUGAGCUAAGGAAUAGACCACAAGGCACCUUGCCUAGUGAUACAGAAAAUCCAAGGAAAGAUGGCAAGGAGCAUUGCAAGGCGGUUACCUUGAGGAGUGCAAUUGCUGCAGCAAUUCCUCCGCAAAAUUCUUCAGGAAAGCCUAUAAGCAAGCUACCUCCACCAUUUCCUCAGCGCUUUCAAAAGCAGCAACAAGAUAGUCAAUUCCGGAGAUUUUUAGAUGUUUUGAAACAACUUCACACCAAUAUACCGUUGGUGGAAGCUUUGGAGCAAAUGCCCAACUAUGUGAGGUUUUUGAAAGAUAUUUUAACUAAAAAGAGGAGGCUUGGUGAAUUUGAAACAAUGGCGUUGACUGAAGGUUGUAGUGCUAUAUUGAAGAGUAAAAUUCCUCCUAAAUUGAAGGAUCCAGGCAGCUUCACAAUUCCUUGUUCUAUUGGUGGUAGAGAUGUUGGUAGAGCACUUUGUGACUUGGGAGCUAGUAUCAAUUUGAUGCCCAUGUCAAUUUUCAAGAAGUUGGGGAUUGGAGAAGCAAGACCAACCACAGUCACUUUGCAAUUACCGGAUCAUUAUAUGGCACACCCGAAAGGAAAAAUUGAAGAUGUACUUGUGCAAGUUGAUAAAUUCAUCUUUCCGGCCGAUUUCAUCAUCCUUGAUUAUGAAGCAGAUAGAGAUGUUCCUAUUAUCUUGGAUGAGGUUGAGGAAUGCUCUAGGCUAAGUGUAAUUGAGUCUAUUGUCGCUGAAAAAUUCCACAAGGAAGCUUGUAAAGAAGGAGUGGGGGUGAGGUCACUUGAAGAGCUUGAAAACUUAAGUGAAGAGGAAGAAAGCCAAGUUACAUGGGUGGAGUCAAAGCAGCCCUCUGCUAAAUUUAGGAGGCCUUUUGAGUCAUUGAAGUUGUCGGAAGGGAAUUUUAAGCCUCCUAAGUCUUCUAUUCAAGAGCCACCAAAAUUAAAGUUGAAGCCUUUGCCUAAUCACUUGAAGUAUGCUUAUUUGAGAGAUAAUGAGACCUUGCCUGUGAUUAUUUCAGCCAUGUUAGGAGCUGAAAAAGAGAGUUUGUUGCUGGUUGUUUUGAAGAAAUACACAAGGGCCAUUGGUUGGACUAUGGCGGAUAUCAAGGGGAUAAGUCCCUCAUUUUGUAUGCAUAAAAUUAUGUUGGAGGAUUGCUGUAAUAAUUCUGUUGAGCAGCAGUGA